UCGUUGCUCUUAUCAGUUAGAAUAAUAGGUUAUGAUAACACCUAUGGCUAACACUGAUGAAAACAUCAGGGGUGGGUAUUUAUAGGGCGGUAUUUAGGGCGAGCCCAUCGGGUCUGAUGCAUCUAGCAACGCCGACACACAGAGUCAGUCAGAUGUCCCCACCGGGCUUCCGUAGACUGUAGAGAUCAGUGAAUACCGUAUAGUGGCGUUUGAUGUCUCGUCAUCAGUCGCAUGUAGUUUCUCUUUUUUGUUUCCAUUAUUUUCCGAUCUUUAGUGUCUGCAUACAGAAAACUUUUCCAUGGUAAACAAUGAUUUUUCGAAGAUAGUUUGUAUAGACUGUAAUUUGAAGAAAUGAUCAUAGUGUUCUAAAUCGGUUUCAUCAAAAGUGUCAAUCCGAUUUUCAAGAAUCCCCUAACGACCGCCAUGGAGUCCAACCUUCAGAUUUCUGCUCUCCCCUUGGAUUCCGCGAAAUCAAACAAUCUGGAGGACCGAAGACUAUGGGUGGGAAAUUUGGAUCUAAGAAUUAAUGAGUACCAACUUCUGAAACUCGUUCAAAACCAUGGAAAAAUCGAAAAGUUCGACCUGCUAUUUCACCGUUCGGGGCCACAAGCUGGCCAGCCCAGAGGAUAUGCAUUUGUAACCUAUGAGACUAGCUGUGAUGCAGUGAGGGCAAAGCACGCACUUCAUAAUGUCAAGAUUGGGGCUAAGACCAUUGUUGUAAGAUGGGCACAUAGUGUGAACGAGAGUGACAUGGAUAAGCCAAGACCCAAGAUUGAUAUCCCUGCAUUGGCAGGGGCUAAGAAAGAAAAUAAAAAAGUCAGUCGAGAAACCGCGAUACAGGCAAUCGAAGCUAAACUGAAGAUGAUGAACGAGUCUGAGGAGGAAUUUGAGCUCAAUAAGCCAUUGGUUGGCGCAUCGAUAGUUCAGCAAUACCAGAGACCUGAAUCUGUGAAACCGUCCACCUCCAACAGAUGCCACAAUCAUAGGGGUGCUCGGUACCAGAGCAACAAACCCUACAAUCGAUCUAGACCAAGAAGAUAGUCGUUCUUUGAAGAAGAUUGUCAAUUUUGCAUUGCUAUAAUUAAGUAGUUUGAUCGAAGAACCAUUAUAAUUCAUAUCAAUUCAACACACUGAUCACUCAUUUAUUUAUUUUUCGCGUUUGCAGUGUCCCAUUCAUAAACCCACGGAUCGUUGAUUAUCAUUUCGAAAUAGCUCUUAAGCUUAAAAUGAUUCCUACAAAUUCAACUGUACUAACAGGCGUUAUCGAAGUACAGGUAUUUUCUUUAAUCGUUGACACUUUUGUCCAGUAUAUAUCACACGUACAUAUAUUUUCCUACAUUGUAUUAUAACAUUUUUGAUAAUAUAUAUGUACAUCAAA